AUGGCGUGUCCCCUGGAGCAGGCACUGGCCGUGAUGGUCACCACCUUCCACAAGUACUCGGGUAAGGAAGGGGACAAGUACAAGCUCAGCAAGCAGGAGCUCAAGGAGCUGCUCAACAAGGAGCUGCCUGUCUUUGGGAGCAAGCAAAUGGAUGAUGCUGAGUUCAAGCGGCUCAUGAACGACCUGGACCACGACAAGGACAGCGAGGUGGACUUCAAGGAGUACGUCUGCUUCCUGGCCUGCAUCACCAUGGGCUUCAACGAGUUCUUCAGGGACUCCCCCACCAAGCAGCUCCGCAAGAAGUGA